CGUAACUUUUUUUUCUAUCUCUUGUCACCGACAACCUCGACACCUCCAGUGUCGUCGUUCGCAACUUUCACCAGAUUUUCAAUUGUGCACUCCUUUAAUACUCAAAUAUUAAAAUUGGAGCAAGAAAUUUCUAAUAAUUAAUUCAGAAGUCCCUUUCGAGGGCAAAUCCAUUCAUCAUGCCUCAAAAUGAGUACAUGGAACGUUUCCGCAAGACCCAUGGUCGCCGUCUCGAUCAUGAGGAGCGAAUGCGAAAGCGCGAAGCCCGUGAGGGACACAAGGCCUCCAAGGAUGCACAGAACCUACGAGGUCUACGCGCGAAGUUGCACCAGGCGAAGCGACAUAAGGAGAAGAUCCAAAUGCGCAAGCAGAUCAAGGCACACGAAGAGCGCAACGUCAAGUCUGCCGCCGAAAACGAUCCCAAAACGCCUCUCCCUAACUAUCUACUCGACCGCUCCAAUCCUACCCAGGCCAAGGCGUUGAGUAGUGCUAUCAAGAACAAGCGUGCCGAAAAGGCCGCCAAGUUCGCAGUACCCUUGCCUAAGGUUAGAGGUAUCAGCGAAGAGGAGAUGUUUAAGGUUGUCAACACUGGAAAGAAGACACAUAAGAAGAGCUGGAAGCGUAUGGUUACAAAGCCCACGUUUGUUGGACCGGACUUCACGAGACGGCCGGUGAAAUACGAGAGGUUUAUACGGCCUAUGGGUUUACGAUAUAAGAAAGCCAACGUAACACACCCCGAACUAGGCGUCACAUUACAACUACCCAUCAUCAGCGUCAAGAAGAACCCGCAACAACCCUUAUACACACAACUAGGUGUACUAAGCAAAGGUACCAUCAUCGAGGUCAACGUUUCCGAACUUGGGCUUGUCACCGCCGGUGGUAAGGUCGCUUGGGGUCGUUACGCGCAGAUCACGAAUAACUGCGAGAACGACGGAUGUGUCAAUGCUGUGCUAUUAGUUUAAAGCAAGCACCAUAUAACUAUCACACUUCUAGCUACCCUUCUAGCAGAGGGGUGGAAUCCGACUAACGGCAUAUACGAGAGGAAAUGACCAUUGGGACCGGUCAAGGGGGAGGUGGCUCUUCAAAAAAGGAGGAAAGGGGACGACGGAUGAUCCCCAUCAUGCAAUACAACGGCGUCCGGUGUUUUGACGAGAUUCAUAUUCUCAUUGGUUGAUGUUUAUGGCGAAAGUCAUUGUCAAUAGGAAGGCCAUAUAUUUUCCCGAACAAAAAGUAGAUAUCCUCUGCCGAAUCAAAGCAAAUUUGACGAUUAACUCAAUAAGAGAAGUCUGAUGUAGAAGUACCCUUGCCACUAUGGCCUAAUGUUUCGACCUUUGGUGUCCAAAAUAGCUUCACAUAAUUGGUGGUUAUAUCACCAUGUACCUAAGUGCCAACUACACGUAAUGGGAGGAAAUGC